AUGCUAGUGCGCCGCCAACUGCAGGCUGGCUUGCUUCACGCUCUGCUGGGGCUCAGCGUGCAGCGGCCCACGCCAAAGGGAGCAAUAACAAACAUCUUCCACGAUGAUCCGCUCGGCUAUGUCCCAUGGGAUCCCAUCCGAAACGUGCCGCUGCCUGACUGGGCAGGAGACUACAAGGACAUCAAUCGCCUGUCGUGCACAUUUUCGGCAGACCAGCUCUUCCACUGGCCGGACCUGAAACGUGGCUUGUCCAUGUGGUUGGAGUCCCACCUGCGAGGCUAUGGCAACAUGACCCAGAUCUUUUGGGAGCAAAUUCGCCCGAUACAACAUGAUUUGACCAACAUCAUCAGUGCCCACGAAGUGAUGGUCUCCCGGGAUUGCAUUCUGGGCAUCCUCGCUGUGCGCACCGUGUACCUCCUGACCAUGAACAGGACCUACCGACAGGAAAUGGUCCUUGAGACGGACUUCCUGAUGAGUGAUUGGUACUACCUGGCCUAUCGCUUUCCGUUCUCCUUGCUGGUCGACACCGGCUGGGCUCCCAUCAUCUUCUCGUCCUGGGCGCUUCUCUCACAAAGCCUCAAACAGACCAACCCGCACUUGGUAUGGACGGACUGUGAGGAAGUUCCUGGCAUUGGACACAUGCCCUCAGACAUGCAGGAGCUGGCGACUGCUCCUGCCGAGCUGUGGCAAAACCUGCUGGAGUCCAUGGCGACUGCAGACGAUGCGAUGCUGAAACGCUGCCCGUUGGCCUGGGCGUACAUUGCCGGUCUGCUAUCGGCUGCGGAGGAGCAGGACCAGUUUCGGAAAGCAUUGCUUGACGUGUCCCAGCAGGCCUUAAGGCAUUACAGGGAGAAGAACAACUUCACCUUUGCCAACGUGCUGCUGUCGUCCUGGAGCCUUUUCGGACCUCUGGCUCACUCUGCCUUUGCCUUGGAUGAGAAGACCGGGCUCUCCAAGAAGAAGAGUUGCGGUUUGCUUUGGUGUCCCGAGGGUGGCACGCCGAACUAUCUAAUGUGCAAAUGCGAAUGGGUUUUCACUUCGAAUUACAGGAACACGACUGUGUGCAUUUUCAUGGUGGAUACUCGGCGCAGGUCAUCCUUGAGGAACAUCACGUCCGUGCUGAACGCGAGGUACUGGACACUUUCCUUCGGGGUCAAUAAAGCCUAUGCACAAGACCACGGCUAUGACAUUGACUAUGUCAGACCCGACGAGGCUUUGCAUUACCCAAACAGGAAGGUGGGCUGGGCGAAGGUGAAGGUCCUCAUAGAAGAACUUUCAAAGCGCGGUCCAGAGCGCUGUGCCUAUGGCGUCUCGAUCGACACGGACGCCUUCAUUCGCACCUCCGAGCCACUCGCUGCUAUCAUCACAGACUAUGGCCUCACCGAGAACAAGCUCAUCAUGUUCUCGCAGGAGUACCACGUGGAAACUGCCGACAAGGGGACUGACGACAUCAGCCAAAAAGCCUUCAUCAACGGCGGCUUCUUCAUCGUUCGUAACACCCCGGAGGGACUCGGACUUUUGCAGGAGUGGUAUGAUGUGCCAGAAACUUACGAGGAUAUGGCCCCCCUCAAAACCGAGAAUCCUCAAGGCCUCAACAUGUGCUGGGACCAGAAGAUGCAGCCAAAGUAUGCUGCCGUGACGGCUCUUGGUGAGCCGCAUCUGUUCACAGCACCGCUGGGUGUCGCCAUCCGGCACAACUGGUUCAAGGACCUGCGCUUUGAGCAGGAGUUGCAGGACAUUCUCUUGCACCGGCUCCAGCGUAGAUACGACUGCAUCGUUUGCCAAAACGUGUACGAUUGGGAUGAUUCCAACAACACGGACCCCGGAUGGCUCUGA